CGUUCGCUCUCUCGAAGCAGGCGUCCCCUGCCGCUCCUCGCGCCUCGUUCGCCAUGGUACAGUUCUAUCAGGAUACGCUCCUCUACCUAACGGAUACUGAAAAGCGUACGCUCGCCACAGACUUGACACGAUCGCGCGCGCUAACCUUCCACUAGUUGUCAUCAAAAAGAUUGAAAUAUAUGGCGGAGAGGGUGCGCCGAUUGUCAUUGCGCCAAAGAAGGGCAAGGACAUGCGCUAUACAGUCAUGCGCGACCAAGCGCCCGUUGAGUUUGUGCAAGAUCCCGAAGCGGCCGGCUUGCCCGUGUCGCUCCUCAAAUUGACACAGGCGGAUAACCUCGAAAUCAAGUUUACAUUUACGCUGAAGCAAGGCGCGCUAUCGGGCUUCACCUUUGCGACUGGAUCGUGUGUCGCUGAGAUUGAGCGACUCUUUACAGCUGGCUACCAUGCCGACAGCAACAUUCAAAAACACAAGAACGUGCGCUUGCUCGGACACUACAAUGCCGGCAAUGGAGACUUCCCCGUCGAGAUUGAGUACAUUCAUCAAUGGACGCCCGAUUCUGUUGCUACACACGGCUGGAAGUGCGUCUGCAGCUUUGCGGAAUUCAACGCAAAGGAGAAUCGCUUCAGUACCUUGGCCUUUGUUCCGUUUUGGGUCCAGCAUAGAGAUAUUGACGAGGUCGGGGCACUACCGAAGCGGCCUUCACGUCUUGCCAUGCCAUCUUAUUCAAGCAGUGCCGAAGACUCACAUCGCCCGGAAUCACCGGAUAUCAUGACGCCUGGUUUGGAAUCAGCGCCGGCCUUUGAGCCGCUCAUGUCGCUGACCACGCAAGCGGAUGAAGAUGAGACUCCGGAUGAUGGGCCUGUCUUUCGUGCCACCUUGGCUGGUCUGGAGGGCAAGACGGCUGCUUUUCGAUUGCGCGUGAAGAAGCUUAUCAAGCGUGCAUCCGAGGCGCGCGAGUACUAUCGUGCGUGGUCAGAGGCACAGCAACGGCUUCAACAAAGUAUGUUUGCCAUUGCAGACACGAAUCCUUCUGCCAUGAAACCUAUUCUUGACAGCUACUUGGGCACAGCGUUUCAAAAGCUCUGUACGUUCCGCGAUUACGAGGAUCGGUUAUUGCAACUUUACAUUAUUGAUCCGUUGCGGAAAUUGUAUGAGCAGGACAUCAAGGCCGCGGAGGGAAAGAAGCGUGAGUUUGAGGAAGAGUCCCGAGAUUACUAUGCAUUUGUGAGUCGCUAUCUCAGCAAGAAGCAUGAUGCGAGCAAGAAGCUCGAAAAGGAUGGCAAGUACUCUACACGCAGGAAGAACUUUGAGCUCAAGCGAUUCGACUAUUACUGCUACAUGCAGGAUCUCCAUGGCGGUCGUAAGGAACAGGAAGUGUUGAGGCAAAUGACACUGUUCUCUGAGAAGCAAAGUGAUGCAUUACUCAAAGUCGGCAGUACGAUCCAGGAACUCAAGCCUGCGCUAGAUGGGCUUUUGCUCGAAGUUGAGAAUGCUCGCAAUGACUUCAGACUCGCCCGGACGGAACGAGAAGAGAAGCGUCGACUGAUAGAGAAAAAUGAAGAACAGGAUGAGCCCAUCGAAGCUGAAGCGCGGCGCAAAGAAGGUAUACUGUGGGCGCUUGCCAAGCCUGGUCUUCACACAGAUCCCAAAGUUGUUCAAAAACUCAAUUGGCACAAGUUUUGGGUUGUUCUUGCUGGUGGACAGAUUUCAGAGUACCGGGAUUGGAAGGAAGGCGUCAACCAUACUGGUGACCCUAUCGACUUGCGCAUGGCGACUGUCAGAGUCGCUCGCAAUGUGGAUCGACGCUUUUGCUUUGAGAUAAUCACACCGCACAUCAAGCGUGUCUAUCAAACGACAGGCGAGGAAGAGCUCGAAUCUUGGAUCAAGCACAUUACUGCUGCUAUUGAGGGCUUGCUUGAUGGCAGUGCUUCGCAAAAAUCAUUUGACAUUGAGCGUGUCCAGCAUAACAGAGAAGUGAAGCAGACUGGCGGCAAUGCAGGUGCCAUCUUUGGCAGCUCAGGCAGUCGUCGGUCAACGCUCAGCACUGAGUUGCUUCGCAACAAUAAGGAAGAUGCACGCCGGUUAUUGAGUGUGCUACGUGACGCUGACCCGAUGAAUGGCAUGUGUGCGGAUUGUGGCAGUACCAGCAAAGUCGAGUGGUGCAGCAUCAACCUGGCAGUGAUUUUGUGUAUUGAGUGUUCUGGUGUGCAUCGCUCCCUUGGCAGCCACAUCUCGAAAGUCAGGUCGUUGACAAUGGACAGCAGCUUCAAUGCAGACUUGGUGGAUUUAAUGUGUCAAAUUGGCAACCGGGUGAGCAAUGCCAUCUAUGAGGCGACGUUGUGUCGCAUCAAUGCAGCUUUGAAACCGACAGACAAGUCUACGCCAGAGACGCGGACACGCUUCAUCACUGCCAAGUAUGUGGAUCGUUCUUUUGUUGAGUACCCCUCCAUUUCACCAAAUGAUGUCUUGCUUGGUAGUUUGGCAUCCGGCAAUGUAUCGGCUGCGUAUGGCGCCCUAGCGUCGCGUGCUGACCCGAACGUCGUGGAUGAACAUGGCCAGUCGGCGUUAUUGCUCUCUUUGAUGAGCUUGUCGCCGCCCUCGUCACCCACAACCACGGCGAGCGGAUUCACCCUGCGUGACGAAUCAACCUUUCCCCUGGCAGAAUUGCUCAUACAACAUGGUGCAGAGCUGCCUGCGGAUACGAGCAAACUGUCACAGCAGGCUAAGAAUUACAUCUCUGGCAAGUUUCGACAGGAAGCAGCAACUGUGGCACCUUUACAACGGUCCAUCAGUAAUGCUAAUGCGUCGAUUGUCAAUGGUGCGCAUAAGCUGCAGAAGCGAAUCAGCAGUAGUGGGCAACGGAUGAUGCUGAAGCAGCAGCCGGCCAAGUAAUGAGUGAUGAUUUGGGUGAAGUUACUAUUCUAUAUCUGACAUGAUUGUAAAAGCCAAGAUAUCUUCCUGCUUGGGCCCCUCUGUGAAGGCUCUGUCCUCAAUCUCUGCCAUUCUCUGGUCAGUGGUCACCCUCCUCCC